GAUGAUUUAUAUGGAUUGAGAGCGAGCAGAGUGUGAGCAAGAAAAGAUGGAAAUCAGCGAGGAUGUAGUAAUCGUAGGGGCGGGGAUCGCAGGCCUUGCAACGGCCUUAGCUCUAAAGAGGGUCGGUGUUCGAUGCUUGGUGCUGGAGAAGUCGCCGGAGCUCCGAGCCACUGGUGCAGCCAUCAGCCUCUUAUCCAAUGGAUGGGUUGCUCUCCAUCAUCUCGGUGUUGCUCACAAGCUCACCUCUUCUCCUCCUUCAUUGAAGGGAGUCGUCACCAAUGUCGCUAAUGGAGCUACUCAAGAAGUUUCUUAUACUGGGGUUCAACGGAUUCAAGGGAAGCAAAAUGAACAUAGAAUGGUCCACAGGAAAGCCCUGUUGGAGGCUCUAGCAGAAGAGUUACCCCUUGGAACCAUCCGUUUUUCCUCAAAGCUCAUCUCCAUCCAUACCCACAUAACAAAUGAAGGCUUUUCCAUUGCCACUCUGCAACUAGACGAUGGAACUAUCAUCAAAGCCAAGGUCUUGGUAGGGUGUGAUGGAUUGCACUCAGUGGUGGGCAAGUGGUUGGGACUCAAGGCUCCAGUGCAUUCAGGCCGGGUAGCAGUGCGUGGCUUAACUGUGUUUCCUCAGGGACAUGGAUUUAAACAGGAAUUCCAACAGUUCGUAAAAACUGGAUUAAGGGCUGCUUUUGUUCCCGUAAAUGAUAAAGAUCUUUAUUGGUACAUGAAUUAUCAUUCUAGCUCCACAGGUGAAGAGUUUGGAGGAGACCCUAAACUGAUUCUAAGGGUAGUGAAAGAGAACUUAGCAAAGGACUUCCCUCCAACAUACCUAGAGGUUGUCUGGCAUGCUGACCUUGCUACAGUGAAUUGGGCUCCUUUGAUGUAUAGGCAGCCACGGAAUGUCAUACGGGGUCACCUUUGCAAGGGGAACAUAACAGUUGCAGGAGAUGCAAUGCACCCGAUGACACCCGGUCUUGGCCAAGGUGGAGGUUCAGCACUUGAGGAUGCAGUUGUUCUUGGCCGACACAUUGGGAAUUCAUUCCUCCAAAAUGGGCGGCAAAUCAUGCCAGCUGAUGUGGAAAGAGCUAUAGAAGGGUAUGUGAAGGAGAGGAGAUGGCGUGUCUCUGGUUUGAUCACUGCAUCCUAUCUUGCAGGCUGGGCACAACAAGUGAAGUCAGGAUGGUUGACGAAGCUAAUUAGGGAUAUAAUCUUCUAUAAGUUGCUUUACAGUUUUAUCUUUGGUUCAACAUACUUUGAUUGUGGGGAGUUGCCUAGAGUUCCAUCUAAGGUUGAAUAGAGCUUCUGAUCCCUUAGUUAUCAUGUGUUUGAGGUUGAUGCAGUUCUAUGGGAAGAAUAGUUUAUGGUCUUAAAAUGUUGUUGUAAAAGGCUUU